AUGUACGGUCCACCACCUACGCGGAUCAACAAGACGGACAUCAAGCGCAGCAGAGGCGGCUGUGCCCGAUGUCGCCAAAAGCGCAGAAAGGUCAGUCUCGCACCGCGUGUGACUGAAUGCAUGACUUACUGCGACGAAGGCAAGCCCAAGUGCGGCCGAUGCGUAGCAAAUGAAUCUGACUGUCAAUAUGAGCGUGUCGCUCUCAAAUUCAGAGAGUCCACGCAGUGGGCGGCGCAAAAGGUCGAAUCUAGCAAAGGCAUUGUCCAAUCGCGGCUGGGUACAUUGGAUGCCAUGAAUCAUGGGAGCAGCAGCUCGCCACAGGAUGAUGUUCCUGCCUGCGAAGUAGGGAAUGAGUCUCCGGUUGCGUGCGCGGCGACUGCUUGCGAGAGCACGCCCCAUGCUCCAAGACUUGCCCAGCAGGACAAUACAUGGGAUGGCGUCCCAGAGCUCAGCAUCGAGGCAGAAGCACAGUCGGCUUAUCCCUCCCCAGACUCUGGCCACCAAUGGGCCAUUGAGCCAGACCUGAUGGCUUUUUCGACACCAUUCUUACAGUCAAGAUGUACCGACAUAGAGCUCGACUUUGAUCUCCCGCUUGAUGGUGCGAAUAGUGAUUUUGCCCAGCUUUUCGACUUUGCGGAAAUUCCUCCAGGGCCGAGAGUCCCAGAAGUGCUAUCAAUAGAUGCGCAAGUACCGGGGCGCGAGGCUCAGGACGAGUCACCAGUCGCUGUCUAUCAAGAGCAGACUAGACGCGCAGCUGCUCUUACAUGCACUGAUACGGAACGAAAUACACUUGGCGCCAGUGAGACAUUUCUUGAGCCGAUGAUACUGAACUCUCCCUCCGAUGAAGAAUCCUCCAGCCCCUCGUCAACGGAUCACCACCUGUUCAGGGGGCGCUCCAACGUCCAGCAUGCCGAGGUCCUUUCGCAGCAGUUGCGUACGCCUGUGGGUAAAUUGCAAAGGCGUCUGCCAUCAAAGAUUUCUGUCAAGGAUCGUAUAUACCUCGCGCACUUCAAAGUGAGCGUUUUGCAGAGUUUCCCCGUGGAGCUACCGUUCUUAUGGGAUUUGGUAAUCGCAUGUGAGACGGUCUGCUGCGCGGCAUUGGCUCUAGCCGCUGCCAAUCUCGCCAACCUGCAAGGCAAACAGGCAGACAAUUACGGAGGCACUUGGGCUGCUAUGCCUACUCACUCCACGAAAGCUACAGCGUUUACGGCUCAGACUGUUCAGCUGCUAGAGAGUGACACCGGCCUGCCUCUAGAUGCACGGCUGGUGACGAUGAUGCUUGCGUUCUACUACGAGCUUGAAGCGGGGUCGUUUAGCAGCGUGUGCCAUGCGCUUUCAAUACUCAACGUGACAAUCCUCAAUAGACUUGACGACGUGCUGUCACUGGUGGAAGGAUAUAGUCUUAUACGCUGGUGGCUUAGUCUCCGGUCGUUGAUUGCUAAUGCACAAGGACCGCAUACUCCUUAUGGCCCUGAGAAUCCAACCGAGACAUUCGUCAACAACUUGGAGUUGAAGGUUGCGGCGCCUUCGCAAAUGAUUGAGCUCAUCGGGACUAGGGCAAGACGCCUCUGGCACCGACUUCUCGUGACAAAGGGUUUCGGCGUCUGUGGAGAUACACCAGCUAGUACUAUGAAAAAGGUUGACGAAUGGUGGAGCAUCCUCAAAGGACAUGAUAUUUGUAGCCUCUCGGAAGAUGAAGGCACUCGUGGUCGAUUCUUAACAGAGGAGGAGUUAUAUGCAGAGCUGAGGCACCUCAAGACGAUUCUGAAAAGCUGUGAAGCCCCGAGCGAUUUUCAAGAAGAAUUCUUGGAGCUUGAUCAUUCCGCCGAGAAGAUUGAGCCUCUGCGGUUUUCCAGCCACCGAAGAGCGAUGGAGAUAGUGGACUAUGCCUUUGCCCAUGUCGUUUGCGACGAGAGUUUGCUCCGUGAUUUAGCAGAUCGCUCAACAGAGCUGCCGCGACAAUUCCCUGACACGUCUCCCGACAUCACGAACCCGUGGGUUGGUCUCAUUUUACGAGUUGCAGCUGGGCUCGACAUUCCCAAAUAUGGCAGAGAAAAUGCCUACCGAAGAGGCAUCGUCAGCUGCCUUUUCAUAACCGGACUAUUUUGCCCUGGCCAGGUGUCGUCGCGUUCGAUCAAAGAUGCCGUGAACCGCAUCGCGAGCGGCAGGACGUACUCUGAAGGACCAUUUUAUCCGCUCCACGCCUUUCUAGGGUUCCAGCAGGCGCUGGAGAGGGAGAUAGCCAAGGGACAUACGAUAUUCUUUUCGUGUCUGACGUAUGAUGAGUGGACCUCAAAGGAAAAGUUGUUCUCGGAUGGCAAAGAUGAGUAUCUCAUUGUUAUCGGAUGUACGGCGGAUGGGAGGUAUUUUAACGACCUCGUACCAGCGAUUUCUGAUUUGUGA